AUGAAAUCCUUCACAGUACUAUUCCUUGUAGCCGUCACUAUGGCGAUCGCUGAAGCACAAUUCGGGGGUAGACGUGGAGGCCCAGGUGGUUCACGUGGACGUGGUGGACUUGGUGGUCGUGGUGGUCCAGGCGGUCCUGGUGGAUUUGGUGGUCCUGGUGGAUUUGGUGGUCCUGGUGGAUUUGGUGGUCCUGGUGGUCGAGGUGGUCCGCGUGGUCCAGGCGGUCCAGGUGGUCCUGGAGGUCCAGGUGGUCCAGGCGGUCCUGGUGGUCCUGGUGGUCCUGGUUGUGGCGGCCCAGGUGGUCCAGGCGGUCCAGGUGGUCCAGGCGGUCCAGGUGGCCCAUGGGGUCCAUGGGGUCCUUCAAACUCAACUGCUGCCCCAUCCAACUCUUCAUCAACUGUAUCUUCAUCAACUGUAUCCACAACGACUGUGGCCGCUUCUAACUCAACCCUUGCACCAGCCGCUUCUAACUCAACCCUUGCACCAGCCGCUGCUAACUCUACCGUUGCAUAA